CACACACACACACACAGAGCGAGAGAGCGCGCGCCUGCUGCUGUACCUUCUUCAGCUGGAUAAUACACACACACGGGCUUCACCGCGCUCUCACACAUUUCUUUACUGCUCCGGGAACAGAGGAUUUGUGUGAUUUUACUCAUCAUAUCUCCUUUUAUUCUUCCUUUUCUGCUGUGAGGAGUGAGAGAGAGGGAGCUGGAGAUCUGCCUGGAAAAGAGAGAGAAAGAGAGAGAGGCGUGAGUCUAAGCGUACUGCUGCAGUGAACACAUGGAGGCUGAUAUGAGUGGACUGUCCGUUCGGGGAGACUCGUCAGUUCGUGGAAAGACGGUUUUGUGAAGUUGAGUUCACCUCAAGAUCCAGGAAUCCCUGCAGCACAGCAUCCAUCAUCACAACACUCGCUGCUCUGACACUCAAGAGAGCCUGAGGAACUACUGGGAGAUCUCAACAGAGGACUGCAGAAAUAAAUAAGGAGAAAAGAGAGGCUCUACAUGCAUUCCAUAAGCUCCUGAGAGUUAGAGAAGGUAGUGAGAUCUCAGAGGAGCAGCAUGCGGACAGCUAGGAUGGCGUGGCCCUCUUUCCAAGCCUGUUCCCUUUUACUCCUCGCCCUUCUCUUCCUCCUGGCCACAUCAGCGCAGAGAGUCGAGGAUGAUGUCACGCCACGGCUGAGCUUUCCAUAUGAUGCAAAGGAGAGGUCGGCCAAGAGGUUUUCAGCUGAAGGAGUCUUCAAUUACACCUCUCUGCUCCUCAGCCCGGAAGACGGCACGCUUUACGUAGGCGCCCGAGAGGCUCUCUUUGCCCUGAACCUCAGCGAUAUCAGCCGACCACUGCAGCGCAAUUUCACAUGGAGCACGCCGGAAGAGAAGCGAGACGAGUGCAGCUUCAAAGGCAAAGACUUGCAAACUGACUGUUUCAAUUACAUCAAGAUUCUGCUGCGUGUGAACGCUACUCAUCUGUACGUGUGCGGGACGUACGCCUUCAGCCCGAUCUGCGCGUACAUCAACACAGUGAAUUUCUCUCUGGUGCGCAGCGGGUCGGGCGAGAUCGUGACGGAGGAUGGGCGGAGCCGCUGUCCUUUUAACCCAGAGUACAAGUCCACUGCCAUCAUGGCCGAUGGAGAGCUGUACGCUGGCACCGUCAGUAACUUCCAAGGGAACGAACCCAUCAUUUACAAGAGCCUUGGCCACGGCACUGCCUUAAAGACAGAGAACUCGUUGAACUGGCUUCAAGACCCGGCGUUUGUGGGCUCUGCCUACAUCCAGGAGAGCCUGCCUAAAGGCAACGUGGUGGGAGAUGAUGAUAAGAUUUACUUCUUCUUCAGUGAAGCAGGGAAGGAGUUUGAUUUCUUCGACAACACUAUUGUGUCGCGUAUCGCUCGCGUGUGUAAGGGUGAUAAAGGAGGAGAGAGGGUCCUGCAGAAGAAGUGGACCACGUUUCUGAAAGCCCAGCUCCUGUGCUCUCUGCCUGAUGAUGGCUUCCCUUUUAAUAUCAUCCAGGACAUGUUUGUUCUGACCCCCAGCAAAGAGGACUGGAAGAACACUGUGUUCUACGGAGUUUUCACUUCUCAAUGGUAUAAAGGUGCGUCUGGCAGCUCGGCGGUGUGCGCGUUCACCAUGGACCAGGUGGAGGAAGCGUUUAACGGUCGUUACCGGGAGGUUAACAGAGAGACUCAACAGUGGUACACCUAUAACCACCCUGUACCAGAGCCUCGACCUGGAGCGUGUAUAACUAACGCAGCACGGAGCCAGGGCAUCUCCUCUUCACUGCACAUGCCUGACAAAGUGCUGAACUUCGUAAAGGAUCAUUUCCUGAUGGACAGCGUGAUCCGCAGCCAGCCUCUGCUGCUCAAACGCAGCGUACGCUACACACAGAUCGCCGUGCACCAGGUCAAAGCCGCCCACAAGUCCUACAGUGUGCUUUUCAUCGGGACAGAUGACGGCAAGCUUCAUAAAGCCAUCAACGCCAAGGGCAAGAUGCACAUCAUCGAGGAGCUGAAGCUGUUCUCCGAACCCCAGCCUGUGCAGCACAUCGAGCUGGACGCUCAGAAGGGGCUGCUGUUCAUAUCUUCCUACUCUGGUCUAGUGGAGCUCCCGGUGGCUAACUGCUCCAACUACCAGAGCUGUGGAGAGUGUGUCCUCUCCAGAGACCCUUACUGCGGCUGGACAAGGGGACAGUGUGUGGAUGUCCGGCAGUUUUCUCCUAAAAGUAAAUUUCUGCAAGAUGUGGAAGAUGCAGACACAACAUUGUGUAAAGACUCACCCAGUGUUCGCUCUGUACGACCUCCAAGUGCUCCAUCCUGUCAGGAGGUCAUCAUUCCAGCAAACACAUUUCGAGUGUUGCCCUGUAAGCUGCGCUCUAACCUGGCUCAGAGGCAAUGGAAUUACAGCAAGAAUGCCGAACGCUUUGCCUACCACACUGACGGUCGGCUUGUGGUGGUAGCUCAGCUGGAGAGAGAGGAAUCAUACGAAUGCUGGUCGGUGGAAAAGAACUUCCGUCAACUCUUGGCCAAUUACUGCGUGAAGGCGGAGCCCCGACACGAGAGCACCACCCAGUUUGGCCACUCCCGCACACCCAAGGUGCCCGUAGGGGAGCCUAUAAUCCUGCCAGGCCAGGCUCAGACAGAAACCAAAACCUACUGGAACGAGCUGAUCGUGGUGUGCGCUCUGCUGGGCUUCUCCUUGGUGGUGUUCUCCUUGUUUGUGGUGUACCGGAACCGGGACCGGAUGAAGUCCAUGCUGAAGGAGGGCGAGUGUCCCAACAUGCAGCAGAAGAAGCCACGUAUUCCACAUGGAAAGCCCACCGAGAGCUUGCCACUGAAUGGCAAUAACAUCCCGCCCUCUGUGUCGGACCACAAGGGCUACCAGACGCUCCACGACAACUACUUCUGCAGCACGCCCACCCAGGAGUGCUCUUCACCUGAAAACAGCAAGAGCUUCUCCGAGUCUGAGAAGCGACCGCUGAACCUGAAGGAGAGCCAUGUGGAGAUAUCGCCUACCUGCCCGCGACCACGAGUUCGCCUGGGCUCGGAGAUUAAAGACUCCAUCGUCUGAGACGACUCUCAACGUCUCAACGGACGAAGACAACUGAACUGAUGUGGUACGGAAGGACUGCUGGGGAACAGACAGCACCUGAGAGGGACAUACUGAAAGAUAAAAAAACAAAUCUUCAAACUCCUCACCAUCGGACCAUUUCACAAGCAAAACAUCUUUGAUUUACUUUUUGCACUUUGUCCCCUCGUUUCAGUCUUGGAUGUCUGUCUGUCUGUUUGUCUGUUUUCCUCACAGUCACUUUGUGUUGCUCUGGGAUGCAUCUGAAUGCACGAGGAUUUUCGUACACUUAGUGUUGUGCUAAGAUACACCCAGAACGAAAGCAGGCAACACGGCGAGCUUUUCAAAAUCAUUGCCACUGACAUGGCCUAGUGUAAGUCAACCACGUUCCUACUCAUUCCGUCCAAAUCAUCCAUCAUUUGGCACCAUUGACUUUAAGGUCACCUAAUAGCCUCACCAUCUACUUCAUCUACGUAUUUGGGUCGUGCCAUUGGAGGAUCGUGAUCUUCUCCCUUACAUUGACCACCUCUCCACGAAAGAUGGGUCCAGAGUGACCAGAAAAAUCAGCAAGGAUCAGAAGAAAAGCCUAGAAAUUGUUGUCUGGUAAAGCAGAAUAGAUAGCAUAGGUCGUAAAAUGUGAACAACUUUUGUUUAAAAAAAAAAAAAAACAACAGCCUCAUGAUAUAUAUGCAAGGCCUGUAGUUGUAAAUCAUCAUGACCUCAGCACAAGACAGGCGUACUAUGCAAAGCACUGGGAAUUUAGCAGGAUGAGGAGGAGUUCCAUCUAGUACAGCUAGCGUAGGGCACAUGUUGCAGCAUCAAGCAAGAAGCCACGUCUUCAGUAUCGCUUCCCAGAGAUAUACAGUCCAUGUGUAUACUGUCAAGUAUGCAAGCGAGAUUCAGGUGCUGUUGCGCAGGGAAACGGAGUCCGAAGCCAGGACUCCACGCAGACAGGGCCCAAGAAGGCAAGUGGUAAAAGAGAUUGAACUGAUGGCAGCAAAAGAGAAAGAAAAAAGAGACACAGGGCUCCAGCCCAAAGAGUGAAGGCAGAUAGGCUGGCGUUUGGAAGAAUCAGAGAAAUCAGAGAAAGAGAAGUUUUAAUAAUGAAAGUGACCAAUACCAAUAAUCGUAUACUUGUUUACACAACCAAAUCUGUCCACUAUUGUGCCAAAUAGUUACACACUAAAUGACUUAAUCUCUCAUUGGCUUGCAAUAUGGCACAGGGGAUCUAAAAAUGUUUUUUCACUUGUAUGCGAAAGGGAAUAACUUUCAUUCUUGUCCACUCAGCUAAAUUUGGCUGGAAAUUGAUUUGCCUUUUAGGCUACAUGAGAAUCAUCCUGUACUCACUCUUUAAAUGUACGUGUGUCGUUUGUGCUUUACAUUUUGUUUUAUCCUUCAUUACCACAUAAAAGUGCCACGUUUACCAUCCAGGAGCCAAGGAUAGUCUUAAGGCCUUUUCACACAAAGUACAAACUUUUUUUUUUUGUGAAUUGUAACGUAGUAAAAAUGUAAAUCUGGGGUGUAGAGACUCACUCUAUGGCUCUCCAAUUUUCACACUUUCUUUUAUGUCUCUGCUCCCUGUCUGCUUUUUGCUCUCUUUAAAUAUACCUCCUCUACACAGGUGCUCAUGUGCAAGGAAAGCUAUAAUACUCCUCGUUGUCAAUCAUGUCAGCUUUUCAGCUCAGCUUUAUAAUGUAUUUUCUUUAGCCUCUGCAUUUUUAUGGUGAGCAUGAUGCUCAUUUGUUUAGCCUGAUUUAAAGACAUUCAAUACAUACUGUAGAACACGGAAAUAGAGCAGGCUCAGGUUAAAAAAAAAAUGUAUGCAUUGUUCCAGUCCAUCGGUUUCAGACUCAAUCAGACUUCAGAUACUUGUUUUCAAAACUUGUAUUUUUUUUGAAUGUUUAAAAAGUCAAACUUGAAGUGAAAAGGCCUUAACACAGUUAUUUUGGAUGGGCGAAUUGACAAAUGCACCCCUAAUAACUCGCUAAUACGUCGCUUGGGUGGUUAGAGCAGUGUGUGUUAUUAAAAACUUGGACCAGAGCUCGGCUGCUAGAGAAUAAUGAGCGAACUGCCUACUAAUAGCGUGUUGUAAUAAUAAGAUAUUAACAUCAUGUCAUGUGCAGAAUAUCUGUAUAGUUCAUCUUUUCAGAAUAUUUUCAGAAUUGCCAUUUCAGUGAUUAUCAGUAAUGAACAUUGUGAACUAAUAUUUUUCCAAAGAUGGACAUCAUAUUGCACCACUUUGAGGGUAUUUUAAUGUACAAACUCAACGGCACUGCUCUGGUAGGAGCGUGUGAACAUUUGUGUUGUGGAAUGUAGUGACAACUUCAUUGAAAGUAUUCCAAAACUCUUAUUUGAGUACGAAAAAAAAAAAAGUGUCUUAUUUAAGUUUUAGCCUAGAUGUUUCUAUAUGAGAGAUCUUAUUUGACAUGUUUUGACAUGCAGUAGCCAUGCAUUUAUUACGUAAGCUACUGUGCUACUGACGGACUGCCGUUGUGGUCAUCACAUGUACAUAUGUAUAUUUCUACGAUAUUUGUGUUGGGGCUGAUUAAAAGGGUAUUAUUUUUGUGUUCGGGAGGCAAAAACAGAUGGCACAAUUGCUGCUUUACUUUCACAGAAUGUUUAACAAAAAAAAAAGCCUUAGUUCGAGUUCAGUGAGGCUGCGAUGAUUCUGUUGUAGAGAUUUCUUUUAAUGCCUUUAAGCUACGUUUUGUGAAUCAAGGGUGGUAUUUCUUCAACUAUCGAACGCAUCAUUGUAGCCUUUUUUUGGUGUAUUCACACACUCACACUAAUAGACCACAGACCUCACGCGCAUGCAUGCCUCCUCUGAUGGACAGUACCAUAGAGUUCACACUGGCAUGCUCAUGUAAAGAAAAGAAAAAUAAAAAUAAAAUAAAAAGAAGAAAAUUCAGAAUUCAUUGGAGCAAAUGCCUUAUGAUUGUGGCCAGUAAUUGCAAAGCAUCUUAGUCUGAAAUGGCACAUUGCGUCAUUUUGUCGUAUGCAGUACCCAGAAAUAUGUCGAAAACCACUGUAUUAUGAAUGGUUAUCUGUACAACAGUCCACCACUGGACUAUGUCUCUACUGUGGAUAGUGUAUCUACACAGGUCCAAAAAAGGACAACCAAUAAUCUCUCUCUUUUUUAUUUUCUCUCUCUCUUUUCUUUGAUCUCUCUCUCUCUCUCUCACUCUCAUUCACAUCAAUGUAAUGUUUUAAGCACAAACAGUUUUAAUGUAUUUAUAUUUAAAAUAUAUAUCUCUAUUUUACAUAAAACUCAAGAGUUUCUCCUAGAAGUCAUCUUCAGACAUACAGGAAAGAAUAACGGUCAUUCUGAACAGCUUCUCCCGUUAGACCAAUGUUUUAGAAACCUUAAAGUCUCAAAACCAGCUUCAGUCUUUACACGCUCAGUCCAAAUUCAUUCUUUAUAACAGUGCUCCAAGUCGCUCAGACUUAUUGUAAGUUAACGUCUUGUAAACUUUGUUGUAAAGGUGUAUUUGUAAAUUUUGCUGCCAAUGUAAGAAAAGAACAACUGUUGUGAAUUGUACUUUUUGUAUUAUACAUCAACUACUGUUUCUGUUGUUUUUAUUAAACUGUACAUAAAAGCGCACUUUAUUUUAAUUUUUUAAAGAAAUAAAAGAAAACAAAACACUGAA